CAAACCCCGCUUUGGUGACGGUUCUCUGUGUCUUCUUCGGACCGCUCGUGUGACAUUUCCUUUACUACAAGUAGCCAAGCCCAUCCCUCUUCUUGCUAGCUGAGCUUCUCUUCUAUCUGCCGCAUCCAAUCCUCUGCAAUAAUCCUCACAUAACCGACUUCCUCUUCCAUUUUCCAUUAUAAACCCCAGCAGUCCCCAUUACUCAACACCCAUACCAUCAUUCAUCAUGGAUUUCGUCAAGAAUCUUACUGGAGAUAACAACAACAACAACGCCGCCUCUUCGUCGGCAGGCCAGACCGAGAAGAAGGAGUCCGGCGGCUUUAUGGACAAGAUCAACGGCAUGGCCGGCGGCGGUCCCGAGAGCGAGAAGCAGGAGGAUGGUGUUGACAAGGCCGUCGACUUCGUCCAAGAAAAGUUCCUCGGCCAAGGUGCUCAGAACAACGAGAGCGCUGCCGAGCAGGCUAAGGAUGAGCAGAUUUCCGACUUCAUCCGCCGCCAGGUAUCAAGCACUACCGGCAAGGAAAUCCCCAUCGAGGACAAGGACAAGAAGUACGGCAUGUAGAUGCUGUCUUACUCUGCAAGCGACGUAUCGGUUGGGGAGGGCAGUCGACUUUUCGACCUCAUGAUUGAACAGCCUGGAAAUUGGCAGCUCGGUGACAUGGAUUCGGCUGAUGGCGGUGAUGAACCCAAUGCACCCGAAAGAGGGCUCUGGAAUGGAACCUUAACUAGUAUACCUAGUAGCACCUACAAUAAUAACGACGUUGACGGUUUUCAAAUCAA